AAAGUGAAUCAAGUCCCGGGGCGUCGGGUGGUGGAUUGCCAUGCACCAAGGCGAAGAAAGCUGUCGCAGUCAGUCGUUCGACAUAGCAAGAGAGGAGCAGCUCUGGCUGGCGAGAAAAAUUCACAGGCAGCUGAGCUGAGCAGCAACAAGAAAGACCUCGUCAACAGCACCAGCCACCGCGGCCCACGUCGCGCACUCCCCCUCCAUUCCUCCUCGUCAACCUCCCCGGCAGGCAGGCAAAGGCAAGGCCGUCACGAACCACGAUGUCGAUGCAUGACAUCGAGCCGGCAGCAGUUUCCAAACCACCAUCGCGUUUUAUUUAAAUACAGUACGCUCCUUUCUUAUUUUACUGCCUAAUUGCAUUGUUGCCCUUCCAAACGGAACGGCCGCUUCUUCCUAGUUCGAGGGACGCACGCAUCUCUCCGGUCUCCAUCCAGGCGAGGCGAGGCCCCAUCCAAGUUGCAGGAUCGGAGGAGAUCGGUGAAAGGAAAUCGAAUCAACAGGGACUAUCGGCCUAGCUGCAGCUUCCUUUCUGCUUCUUCGUUGUGACAGCUUGUCAAACUCCAAUUUUUGUGAAGCGUCUUUGGUUUCCCUUCCUCCAUUCAUCUGUUUUUCAUGCUUCACAAAGGCCUUCGAUUAGCUCUGUUCAUUUCUUAAUGAUUGCUCGGUUUCAUAAUCUGUUCAUUUGAUGCUGGAAGCAGAAGCUGAGUGCAGAAAUGGACCAGAAAACCAGCAGAAGGAAGAAGUUUCUCUUCCGAAAAGUUCUUGGUACAAAAGAUGGGAAUUCCUCGCCAAGACGUAGUACAGAGUACUCCAACAACUCUACAGUUGAUUUGAAAGAGUCUCCAGCGCGGUCACCAGUGGCUUCCCCGUCAGCAUCAUCCUCAUCCUUGUUCAAAAGUCUUUCAGAAAGUAGAAGUCUAAAGUUCAGCGGUUUCAGUUCUCCUGCAACAACCAGUAGUACCCAUAUCGAGGCUUUCAGGGUAUUUGCAGCCACAUGGAACGUAGCUGGAAAAACCCCAGACAUGGGUCUGAAUCUGAAUGAUUUCCUGCCUUCUGAUGACUACUCAGACAUUUAUGUGCUAGGAUUCCAAGAGGUUGUCCCCCUCAACGCCGGCAAUGUCCUGGUGAUCGAGGACAACGAGCCGGCGGCGAGAUGGCUCUCCCUCAUCAACCAGGCGCUGAAUCGGCCAUCAACAUUGUCAGACGCUUAUGCCUCUGCCAUUCCUGAAGCUACGGCGAGCUGCUCGUUCAGCCGAUCCGUAGACACGGCGGCCUCCGCAUCCCCGGUGUCCGCUCUCGCCACGCCCAGCUCCAGCCCCCUCGAUCCGUCGCUGUUCCACAAGCCCUCCCGCAGAGACAGAGAAGUCCGCCGCACCGCCAUCACCCGCGGGCGCCGGCUCAAGUCGUGCACCUGCCCGUCAGAGCGGCCCCGGAGGCCGUCGUUCCGGGCGCCGUGCCUGAUGGGCUGCGGCACCAAGAACGCGCAGGCAUUCGAGGGCGACACGACGACGUCGGACGAGGAGGAGGACGUCGUCGUCGUGGACGAGGUCAGAAGCAGCAGCUUCGCGGUGUCCGACGUGAAGAGCCCUGUGGCGGCGAGCCGGCGCGAGAGGUACUGCCUGGUGGCGUGCAAGCAGAUGGUGGGGCUGUUCGCGACGGUGUGGGUGAGGCGGGAGCUGGUGCAGCACGUCGGUCAUGUCAGGUUCUCCUGCGUCGGCCGCGGCAUCAUGGGCUACCUCGGCAACAAGGGGUGCAUCUCGGUGAGCAUGUCGCUGCACCAGACGAGCCUGUGCUUCGUGUGCAGCCACCUGGCGUCCGGGGAGAAGGAAGGCGACGAGCUCAGGAGGAACUCCGACGUCGUCGAGAUCCUCAAGAACACGCAGUUCCGCCGGCUCUGCAAGAGGUCCGGACGCAGGAUUCCCGAGAGAAUCCUCGACCACGACCGUGUGAUCUGGUUGGGCGAUCUGAAUUACCGGAUCGCUCUGAGCUACUCGGAGGCCAAGAAGCUCGUCGAGGCCAACGACUGGAGCUCUCUCUUGGAGAAGGAUCAGCUCAAGACUGAAAGAGAGAGUGGAGUUUUCAGAGGGUGGAACGAGGGCAACAUCUUCUUUGCUCCCACAUACAAGUACUCAUGGAAUUCCGACAGUUAUGCGGGGGAGGACGCGACAUCGAAGAAGAAGAGAAGAACACCUGCAUGGUGUGACAGGAUCCUCUGGCAUGGAGAAGGUAUAGUUCAGCUGUCCUACAUCCGUGGGGAGUCGAAAUUCUCAGACCACCGUCCCGUUUGCGGUGUGUUCAUCGUCGAAGUUGCAGUUCUCGACAACAAAAUGAUCAAGGCUGCAUCAGGCCUCAACAUGAAAGUUGGGGCGGAAGAACUAUUUACCCCCAAGUAGCAGAUAGUAGCACAGGGUAUGCAGCAUUUGCAGAAUCUCGUAUGCAUAGUUUACAUACAGCACAGAUAUGCUCAUCCCAGGUAUUUGCUGCACUAACUUCAACAUUGUGCACACUGAUGAGAUUAGGAGAUAUGCAUGCGAGGCAAUCGGAAGCAUGUCCUCAAGUGAUAUUGGCUAGGUGUUGUUGACCAUAUGUUGGUGAGUAGAGAGUACUGCAACUCAGUAUUCAGUCAGUGCUAACAGCGAAACGCUCAAAAUUGUUGCUUCUAUGUUCUCUUCCAUUCUGCAUUUGGGUUGGAAGCCGAAGGGCUCCCAAGACCAUAUGAAACUUUGAUUCUAUGAUUAUUUUGAUAAGUUGGGUGGCAGGGCUGAGGAGGUUAGUAGCACAGUGUUAACUGGUUCAGUUCUUCAAAAUCUGCAGACAUGAAUCAUUGUACUCUGUACAGACAUGACUGUCGACUUGUAAAUCUAUAAAAACAUGAAAGGCUCUCAUUUGGGACCAGAUAAUUAAAUGAUUAUUUUUUGUGUUAAAA